UACCAGGAUCAAAAAGAUAUUAAUCCAGAACGGGUACAGGGAACAUGCGAAUGGUUCCUAAAGCACCCAAAGUUUCUCGAGUGGCGCCGCGAUACUAUAGCAAACCUUCUCUGGGUUACCGCAGGCCCAGGAUGCGGCAAGUCUGUCCUGUCGAAGGCCUUAGUGGAUGAAGGGCUACUCAAUCCUGAAAAUCCCGACACUAAGACAACUUCAAUCUGCUACUAUUUUUUCAAAGACGACGCAGAGCGAGGGAGCGGAGUAAAUGCUCUCCGUUCUAUACUUCACCAGCUAUUCAAACAGAAGCUAUGGCUCAUUCAACAUGCAAUAAACGACUACCGUACAGACGGCCCCAACCUUUCUUUUGGAACAUUAUGGGCGAUUCUGAUAAAAGCCGUCUCAGAUACGAAUGCUGGGCCUCUGAUAUGUAUUUUGGAUGCGCUUGACGAGUGCGAAACGUCGACGAGAAAAUCUUUAAUCAAGAACAUUAGCAGCUUCCAUUGCGCCUCAAAGACGACCAGCUCGACACUCAAGUUUAUUGUAACUAGCCGGCCUUAUCACGAACUGGACAUAGAUUUUAAAGUUGAUGAUUUGCCAUCAAUCCACCUCGAAGGAAAUCAAAUGUCAGAAGAAAUUCGCGGAGAAAUUGACCUUGUGAUUAGCCAUGAGAUUUCCCGCAUUGGCAGAGCCCGCCAACCUCCACUUGACGGCGAAAUCCAGGCCAGUCUUAUACAGCAUCUCCAAGACCAGAAAAAUCGAACCUAUCUCUGGGUGUAUUUGAUGCUCCAGGAGGUAUCAAAAUCACUCGAGUCAACUAAAGGGAAGUUGAUAGGACUCCUUGGAACAAUACCCAGUUCUGUUGACGAAGCAUACGAGAAGAUCUUGAAGAGAGCCACGGAUCCGAUUCAAGCCCAAAAGGUGUUAUGUCUAAUUCUGGCAGCGGAAAGGCCGCUGACCUUGAAAGAGAUGAACACUGCAUUGGAGAUUCUGGUCAUGAAUGAAUGCGGAGAGAAGUAUACCUCGGAGAACGACCUCGUUUUGGACAAGGAGGAAGCCUUUCGAAAGAAGAUCAUGAAUCUUUGCGGCCUAUUUGUCACUAUUGUUGAUUCAAAGAUCUACCUGAUUCACCAAACGGCUAAAGAGUUUCUUAUCAACAAAAAAGGUAGGACCAAUCCAUGGAGUCCUUCCUGUUGGAAGUAUACAUUCACGCUACAAGCCUCGCAUUUGGAGGCGUUAAAAGCGUGUCUGUGGUACCUUCGACUUGACUUUCAAGAUAUUCCAAGUAGUUCGCGAAAAGAUCACCCUCUCCUCUUAUACGCAUCAAUACAUUGGACAUUCCACUUCCAACAAGCCGGAGAGAAAGCCGACAAAGAGCUAGGAGAGAAUGCGUUGCAAAUUUGCAAUACCAAGGCUCAGACAUUCUUAUUUUGGUAUCGAAUACUCCAAAAACAUCGGCCUUACCAUCAUCUACCAGCAGAAAACAACAGUGAUUUGUUAAUUGCAUGUUAUUUUGGUCUUACAUCUGUUGUACAACUUCUACUCUGGAAUAAGCCUAAUAUUGAUACCGAGUCCAAGGAUACAGAGUACGAUCGGACACCGCUCUCGUGGGCCUCUAAGAACGGGUACGUCGAGGUCGUCAAGCUGCUGCUCAAGAAGGAGGCCGAUGUGAAUGCUCCUGAUCAGUCAGGAUCGACGCCACUGCACCAGGCCUCAGAGAACGGGCACGUCGAGGUCAUCAAGCUACUGCUCGACAAGGAGGCCGGUGUAAAUGCG